GCGGUGUCACCGUCGCCAGCCAUGGCGCUGGCUGAGCAAAAAAGUGCGUUGUGAGCACUUUCCUACAUUUGAAGCUUUGCCAGCGGGUGCCUAUCGCUGGGGUGCGAAAGGACUCUGGCAGCGCGUUGGGAAUUGGUUGCUUUCUUCUUGUUUUGUAGCGAUGGCGCCGGUGCAACUGGAGAGCCAUCAGCUGGUCCCGGUGGGCGGUGGGCCCGCUUCGGCUCCGGCCCCACCGCCCCCAGGGACUGCGACCGCGGCAGCUAGUCCUGGAUACCGGCUCAGCACUCUCAUCGAUUUUCUGUUGCAUCGGACGUAUGCGGAGCUCACUGUCCUGGCCGAUCUAUUACCAAGAAAAACUGAUAUGGAGAGGAAAAUAGAAAUAGUGCAGUUUGCAAGUCGUACACGGCAGCUGUUUGUCCGAUUACUAGCCUUGGUAAAAUGGGCAAAUAAUGCUGGGAAGGUUGAAAAAUGUGCGAUGAUAUCAAGCUUUUUAGAUCAACAAGCUAUUCUGUUUGUGGACACUGCCGAUCGGUUAGCCUCACUGGCCCGAGAUGCUUUGGUUCAUGCCCGUCUGCCAAAUUUUGCUAUUCCAUAUGCUAUCGAUGUGCUAACAACUGGGUCAUAUCCACGAUUGCCAACAUGUAUACGGGAUAAAAUAAUUCCUCCUGAUCCAAUAACAAAAAUUGAAAAACAAACAACCUUGCAUCAGUUAAAUCAGAUUCUCCGUCACCGACUAGUAACCACAGAUCUUCCCCCACAGCUGGCUAAUCUUACAGUAGCUAAUGGUCGUGUAAAGUUUCGUGUGGAGGGUGAAUUUGAGGCUACUUUAACUGUGAUGGGAGAUGAUCCUGAUGUCCCAUGGCGCCUUCUCAAACUGGAAAUUCUGGUUGAGGAUAAAGAAACUGGAGAUGGACGUGCCUUGGUUCAUAGUAUGCAGAUCAAUUUCAUCCAUCAGUUGGUCCAGUCCCGGUUGUUUGCUGAUGAGAAACCUCUACAGGAUAUGUACAACUGCCUACAUUCCUUCUGCCUAUCCCUGCAGUUGGAAGUUUUACAUUCACAGACUCUAAUGCUGAUCCGAGAACGCUGGGGUGACCUUGUACAAGUGGAACGAUACCAUGCAGGCAAAUGCCUGUCCCUCUCUGUCUGGAACCAACAAAUUGUUGGGAGAAAAACUGGAACAGCAUCGCUUCAUAAAGUUACCAUUAAGAUUGAUGAGAAUGAUGUAUCAAAGCCUUUGCAAAUUUCUCAUGAACCUCCCCUUCCAGCAUGUGAUUCCAAACUAAUUGAGAGAGCUAUGAAGAUAGACCAUUUGUCAGUAGAGAAGCUUCUAAUAGACAGUGUGCAUGCAAGAGCACAUCAGAAACUCCAGGAAUUGAAGGCCAUUCUUAAGAGCUACAACACCAGUGACAAUUCUUUUAUCGAAACAGCACUUCCUACACUUGUUAUUCCUAUUCUGGAGCCUUGCGGGCGAUCUGAAUGCUUACACAUAUUUGUAGACCUUCAUUCUGGAAUGUUUCAGUUAAUGCUUUAUGGAAUUGAUCAGCAGACCCUGGAUGAUGUAGAGAAAUCCAUCAAUGAUGAUAUGAAGCGUAUCAUUCCUUGGCUUCAGCAGCUCAAGUUUUGGCUUGGGCAGCAGCGUUGCAAACAAUCAAUAAAACAUUUGCCCACAGUAAGCAGUGAAACAUUGCAGCUAGUUAAUCAUGCUACUCAUCCUGUGGGAAAUCUUUCCAAUCACAAACUCUUCAUCAAGCUUACCCGACUUCCACAGUAUUACAUUGUAGUGGAAAUGUUUGAUGUUCCCAAUAAUCCCACACAACUAGAAUACAAAUACUACUUUCUUUCUGUGAGUUAUGCUGAAGGAGACGAUAGCCCUGCCACUGCAGUUUUACUCCAACAGUUUAAGCCAAAUAUUGAAGAAUUGGUUUUGGACACAAAAAAUAGCAAACAAGCAAAAAGUGGCGCAAAACGCAAGCUGUCUGAUGAACUGUGUCCCACAGAACCCAAAAAGCCAAAACAGUCUGGAGAAAUGUGUGCAUUCAAUAAAGUUUUAGCUCAUAUUGUGGCAAUGUGUGAUACAAAUAUGCCCUUUAUAGGACUCCGCGUGGAGCUAUCCGGUAUGGAAAUCCCACAUCAAGGUGUCCAAGUUGAAGGAGAUGGUUUCAGUCAUGCUAUUCGUUUAUUAAAAAUUCCUCCCUGUAAGGGUAUUUGUGAGGAGACCCAGAAGGCUCUGGAUCGUUCUCUUCUUGAUUGUACUUUCCGAUUGCAAGGUAGAAAUAACCGUACAUGGGUGGCUGAACUGGUGUUUGCAAACUGCCCGCUUAUCAGCACUUCUUCCAGGGAACAAGGACCAACUCGUCAUGUUUAUCUAACGUAUGAAAACCAGUUGUCUGAACCAGUUGGUGGCCGGAAAGUAGUUGAGAUGUUUCUAAAUGACUGGAAUAGCAUUGCACAAUUAUAUGAAUGUGUGUUGGAGUUUGCUCGAUCUUUACCAGAAAUACCAAGCCAUCUAAAUGUUUUCUCAGAAGUUCGGAUCUAUAAUUAUAAGAAGCUAAUUCUUUGUUAUGGGACUACCAAGGGAAGUUCUAUCAGCAUUCAAUGGAACUCUGUGCACCAAAAAUUCCACAUAUCUCUUGGAACUGUUGGACCAAACUCAGGUUGCAGUAAUUGUCACAAUACUAUUCUGCAUCAACUCCAAGAGAUGUUCAAUAAAUCACCAACUGUUGUCCAACUAUUACAGGUUUUGUAUGAUACUCAGGCUCCAUUAAAUGCUAUCAAUAAGCUUCCCACAGUGCCAAUGCUAGGACUGACACAGCGUACUAACACUGCUUACCAGUGUUUCUCAAUUCUGCCUCAGUCGCCCACACACAUCCGACUGGCCUUUAGGAAUAUGUAUUGCAUAGACAUAUAUUGCCAGAGCCGUGGAGUGGUGGCAAUUCGUGAUGGAGCAUAUAGUCUUUUUGACAACAGUAAAAUUGUGGAAGGCUUUUAUCCUGCACCAGGAUUGAAGACCUUCCUGAACAUGUUCGUUGACAGCAAUCAAGAUGCACGAAGACGAUCAGUCAAUGAAGAUGAUAAUCCACCAUCUCCUAUUGGAGGGGACAUGAUGGAUUCAUUGAUAUCACAACUUCAGCCACAGCAGCAGCAGUCUUCAAAACAGACAGGAGCACCAGCAGCUUAUCCUUUGACAUCCCCUCCCACAUCCUAUCACAACACUGUUACUCCUUCACCUUCAAUGAUGCUCACCCAGUCACCAGGAACUUUACAUGCUGCAAAUUCUCCAAGUGGAGCAUUAAGAGCACCAUCACCAGCAUCAUUUGGCCCAACUCCUUCUCCUUCAUCUCUUGGAAUCACAAUGGGACAAAAUGCAAACUUUGCCAGCCCCCAUGAAAACUGUUUUCAAGAAGUUGGAAUUUCCACAGGCACAAUAGACCCUAGUUCACCAUACACAAUGAUGUCACCCAGUCAACGUGCCGGGAAUUGGCCAGGUUCACCUCAGGUGUCUGGUCCCUCUCCAGCAGCACGUAUGCCUGGGAUGUCACCAGGCAAUCCUUCCUUACAUUCUCCAAUACCAGAUGCUUCUCAUUCACCACGAGCAGGAACAAGUUCUCAAGCAGUGCCAACCAAUAUGCCUCCACCGCGUAAACUACCUCACCGUUCCUGGGCUGCAUCCAUACCAACAAUUCUCACUCACAGUGCCUUGAAUGUUUUAUUGCUGCCCUCACCAACCCCUGGACUCAUGCCAGGACUUGCGGGAAGUUAUCUUUGUUCACCACUUGAACGUUUUCUUGGAUCAGUUAUUAUGAGGAGGCAUCUCCAAAGGAUUAUUCAGCAGGAAACGCUGCAGCUAAUCAACUCCAAUGAACCUGGAGUGAUCAUGUUCAAAACAGAUGUUCUGAAGUGCAGAGUUGCCCUUAAUCCCAAAACUAACCAGACCUUGCAACUAAAAGUAGCACCUGAAACUGCAGGCCAGUGGAAACAAGAAGAAUUGCAAGUUUUGGAGAAAUUUUUCGAAACCAGGGUUGCAGGGCCACCAUUCAAAGCCAAUACUUUAAUAGCCUUCACCAAGCUGUUAGGAGCCCCUACACAUAUUCUUCGGGAUUGCGUACACAUCAUGAAACUGGAGCUGUUUCCUGAUCAGGCAAGCCAGCUGAAAUGGAAUGUGCAGUUUUGUUUGACAAUUCCUCCAAGUGCUCCACCAAUUGCACCUCCAGGAACACCUGCGGUUGUGCUGAAAUCGAAAAUGUUGUUCUUUCUUCAGCUAACACAAAAAUCUGCAGUUCCACAGGAAGCCACGAGCAUAAUCGUUCCAAUCAUUUACGACAUGGCUUCAGGUACCACACAGCAGGCAGACAUUCCCCGGCAGCAGAACGCUUCCGGUGCUGCUCCCAUGAUGGUUAGCAAUAUUCUAAAGAGGUUUGCAGAACUGAAUUCACCACGGCCAGGUGAGUGUACAAUCUUUGCAGCUGUUCGUGAUUUAAUGGCUAACCUUACAUUGCCCCCUGGUGGGCGCCCAUAGGCUUUUAUACAAAGGGUAAAAAUGAGAUGAAAUGGAAAAACACUCUGAAAUAAAGCCUUUGGUUACUUAGAAUGGAAGAGACAUUUUCACGUGUCACAAUUUUAAAAGAGCUGAUACAAUGGAUUGGCCUACUUUCAGGGAUGCACUUUCAUCAAUUUUUUUUUUCUUGGUACAGCACUCUUAAAAUGUUUUAAGAAGACAUUUCAGACUCAUAAUAAAUUUAUGUAUCCGCUUGGCAGUAAAUAAGAGUUAAUAUUCUGUUUUAUACUUCAAAGAUUAUGAAAAUGCCAAAUUUGUUUAUUUAAAUGUUUUUUUCUGAUGUCUUGGUGUACUAGUCCUUUUUUAAAGCAGAGCUGUCAUUUUUUGAAUACUGUAAAACUGUGACAAACUUUAUAUUGAAACUGUAUUUUAAUAUUACUGCUUUAAAAUGUUAAAAAUGGAGUUGUUAUAAACAUGUCCCCCAAAACAAUAUUUAAUAAAUCAGAUUUUUUAAAUAAAGGG